AUGGUUUCAGCUCGCUUCAACGCCAAGAACCGGGAAGUGGAGCAGAAGUUUCGCCGCGUGUGCCAAAUACUUCGUGCACGAGACCUGGAGGUCCUUAUGGUCGAAGCUGGCGGAUCAGAGGAUUUUGGUGACAUGACCAUGGGCUACCUACACAAGUUAAAAGUGAGGCAUGGCAUCAUGCUGGCGGUGUGCACCAGCGACUAUGCAGAGAUGACGUCAAGUCCAUACUCCUCGCACGCCGAGCUCAAGUACGCCCUGGAUAACAGAAUUGAAAUCUUGCCCUUGAAGGUCGAAGCUCACAAUAGCAAUGCUAAUAAUACCAAUACUAAGAAUCGUAAUGGUGAUGGUAAUAGUAAUAGGAAUAAUUACAAUAAUCGUAAGAAGAAGAAUACUAAUAAUGUGAGUAAUCAGGGAUAA